UCAUACGGGGCAUUAUAUCAGAUUCAUAGUUUAAACAAUUCAUUUACUUAUAAAAAUGGUUAAUCAAAAUAGUUGUCCAGCAAUUGAUUUCUUUUUUUUUUUUGUUCUAUUGUUUGAGUAGGCGACAAUUACACUGAUGAAUACAGUUGAAAAUUAAAAAUGUAAGAAAAGGAACUAAAAUACUUAACGUCUACGAGGGCUUCCCAGCCAGGACAGGAUUAAGAUACAGUCACAGGACCCGCCUGAGUUGAGUUGAGUCUAAUAACAAUUGCACUAAAUCACAAUAGAUAAUAAUAAUCAUUUAAAAAAUAAAAUUAGGAAUGCAAAACUUCCAAACAAAUCUGCAGUAAAUUAAAAAUAACACCACCAACUGACAUGCAGUGAACCUGGGGAUUCUGGGGCCCAUCCGCACACACACACACACACACACACAAAUGCCUCACAAGACGUUAACAGUCUUUAUAUAAUAUUAAAGUCAGUAAAACAGACGGAUGGUGGGACGCCAAGGCUCCGCAGUGGUAUUAUAAGGACACGAAAGGGAGGGGCUCAGAGACAGAGACAUGAUAAAAACAUCAGAUGAGCUGCGUUCAGUGGAUGAGAGGAAACAUUUGGUGAUUGAAGAGGAUUAGGGGAUUACUGACACAGCUGACUGCGCCCACUCUCCAUCAGCAUCAUCACUCUGUCUUUGUGUCUCUCUGUCCAUCAUCUGUUUGUGUCUCGCUGUCCAGUGAAGUCAGGACAUAGAAAGGUUGACGACCCAGUAUGGAGACCUUCUGGGUUCUUCGUCAGCAGAGGAGGAAAGGGAGGAUAAAUCGGAUGAAAAACUCUAGUAAAAACAAGUGUUACAAUUGUGCUACAGUAAGUAACUUAUGUAAUGGUGAAGGUUUGGGGACUAUUGUUCUUAACGGGGGAAAUCCGAGAUGCUGGAAGAUGUCAUGAAGUUUGAGUGUGUAAAUGCUGAUUGGGGUCAGGUUACUCUGUCGCCAAAACGGAAAACAGCUUGAUAUUCCAUUUUUUGUUUUUAUUUUCAAAACUAAUAAACUAAUAAAUGCUUAAAGCUAGCCUGGGAACAAGACGAAUCUCCAAGCUCAUGUUUUAAAUACUCUGACAGAUGCAUCUGCAUACAUCAGUGUAAUAAGAACUACCUAGAAGGACAGAAACCAUCUUUGGGAGAAAUUUAUCAGAAUUUUAAGUUGGCCCACGUCCCAUCUGUUAACAUGGAGGCAGCACGCUUUCUGACCUGUACUGCAGCCAAACACCUUACUUACUUAUUUAAAAGUAAACUAAACACUGCCAUGCUUUCUGUCUUAUUUCCAGUUGCCUCCACAGUGACUGCGAGGCUUGGCGAAGAGAACUGCAGAAUUAAACUACCAAGCUUCAUUCAACUUUCCCCUUCAGCUGCUCCUUUGAAUUAGCUGCCGUCCCUCCUGUUGCUGUCCAGGGAAAUAUGCGUCUCCUUUUCCUGGCCCUUCUCUUCUUCCUUCUUGUCUUUUAUCUCCCCCCAUCCCUUCUUCCAUUCAUCGAGGGCUUGCGGUUGUGUCCACAUCAGUGCGUUUGUUACGAGCACACCGACCUGGUGGACUGCCGUGGCCGUGGGUUCGAGCACGUUCCCAGAGGCCUCCCACACGGCACGUGGCUGCUGGAGCUGGGAGGAAACAAUCUGAGCGAGAUUGGCACCCGAGCCUUCACUGGAUUGUGGUCCCUGCGGGUGCUGGUGCUGACCAACAGCCAGAUACAGGCAAUACAACCACAGGCAUUUUUCUCUUUGUCCUUCCUGGAGAAACUGGAUCUCAGUUGGAACCAGUUAACAUCUCUCCCGGUUGACUUCUCAACCAGUCUGUCUGCUCUCAGAGAGCUGCGACUGGAGCACAACAACUUGAAUCACAUAUCUGGAUACAGCUUGGAGUAUCUGGACAGCAUGGAGAAGCUGGACCUCAGUUAUAACCAGCUGGUGUCGUUUGGCUCCAGUGUGUUCAGGGGCCUCUCCAGACUCAGACAGCUCUACCUACACAACAACAGACUGAAGGUGGUGCAGCAGGGGAGCCUGGAUAUGCUGCCUGGACUAGAGGUGCUCCAGCUGAGUAACAACAACAUCUCCCAGAUAGACACUGAUGCUCUGGCUCCUCUCUACAGCCUGGCAGUCCUGGCUCUGGAGGGAAACAACCUGCAUCACCUCAAGUUUAAGACCUUUAUCAGCCUCCAUACAACAGCUACACACAUCCAGCUGUCAGGCAACCCGUGGAGCUGUGACUGUGACCUGCAUCGCGUCUUCAGUAAGAUCUUGCACGUUCGCCACCUUCACAUCGACGACUAUCGCAACGUGACGUGCCAGGACCCGCCGCAGCUGGCCGGGGCUUCACUGGCCUGGGUUGACAGCCAGCUCUGCAUCGCAGAAACAGCCACCGUGCUUGUCAUCACCAUCACUGUGCUGGUCACUGUGGUGGCGGCUUUGGUGAUGGCGGAGAGGAACCGAAAGAAGAACCCUGGGAAGAACUGGGACACUGAGUCGCAGUCACAAACUUAGAGACCACCGCCCUGAGAGCAUGCAGAAAAAAAACAGCAAUAAAAAUAUGGAGACUCUGUGAGAUUGAAGAGUAAACUCCCAGGCUCCUCUAGUGAGGGGUCGAUCCCAGCAUUGGGCACAACCGGAGAUCCCUGGUUGCUGCUCCCAGAUUUCAAAAUCAAAAAAAGUGUUCACCAAAAUGUGUCUGAGAACAUAGGAGAGACAUAUGCCACACAGUUGUUGAAUCUAUCUUCAUUUUAGAUGGACAACAGUUAGUUUAAACAUUUCCAGAGGCAGUGUGUCAUGGUGCCAGACGGCCCUGAUUUGCAUAAAGUAGCCUAGACUCUACCUCUACCUUAUGCAAAUGAGGAGCUCUUGAAAUGCACCAUGGCCCUACCAGAAUGCAUUGCCUGACAGCUCACAUAGACAAUGAAUGGAAACCAUGGAAAUGACUGAUCCUGUGGAUCAUAAUCAAACAGUCAAGAGUUGCUGGGACAAUCAAUAAAUUUACUUAAUAAACAAUGAAAAAGACCAUUAUACAAAAUAUCAAUAUUAAUAAAAUAGGUCUGUAACACUUACACAUAGGGGCUUUAAUAUAAAUUAAAGCAUGAUUACAGCUAUUUAUAAAUGAGUUUAGUGAAUCCUCAAAGGCUCAUUCAAUGCUAUUCAAUUCCAAACAGCACAGAAAGCAACAAGAGGUGUUGUCACUCAGUGUGAAUGAAAAGGUAUAAGGUACAAAUAUCAAAAUGGAACAGAAAAUGAAAGCUAUACACAGGUUUCAGUGGCUGCUCUCUUUACCUAGCCAUCAAUUUUCAUAUCUAGACAGAUUUUGUUUCAGAAUAUUUCCUCUGAAAAGCAAAUGACGUGUUGUCUUCGCCCAGCCCGACUAUAAACUGCUCACACAUCAACAGUUAUUUUAAAUGUUAGUAGGUCAGAAUGGUGAAUCAUUGGCGCAGUGCGAGUGAGUAGAUUCAGAUACAGAUAUAGUAGAGUUAGCUCCGGUUGUUAUUUCCCAGCCUCAAUCUAAUUUUCUGCACAGUAUGACUGAAGUAAUUUCUGAUUGGCAUCAGCUUGUUUGUGUUUUGCAUGUCAAUAAAACGCUCUGGUGACCUUCAUGGCA